CUUUGGACUUAGAUUUUCUCUCUCUCUCUCUCUGACUGCGAAAAUGGCGACGGGUCUGUUACGGCGAGCCUUCACCGGAAUCUCAACCUCAUCCUCAUCGCCGGCGGCGAGGCGCGUCGUUCUCCGGGCCUUCGCGUCGGAGCCGCAGACGGACGCGUCGGUCCCGAAGGCGCGUGAGAGCUCGAAGAAGAAGACGUUCUCGAUUUACCGGUGGAGCCCCGACCAGCCGUCGAAGCCGGAGCUGAAGGAGUACGAGAUCGACCUCAAGGACUGCGGCCCUAUGGUGCUCGACGCGCUGAUCAAGAUCAAGAACGAGAUGGACCCCAGCCUCACGUUCCGGCGGAGCUGCCGCGAGGGGAUCUGCGGCUCGUGCGCGAUGAACAUCGACGGCUGCAACGGCCUGGCGUGCCUGACGAAGAUCGAGUCCGCCGGCGCCGCCACGACGAUCACGCCGCUGCCGCACAUGUAUGUGAUCAAGGAUUUGGUGGUGGACAUGACCAAUUUCUACAACCAGUACAAGAGUAUUGAGCCGUGGCUGAAGAGGAAGAACCCGGCGGAGGUUCCCGGAAAGGAGAUUCUUCAGACGAAGAAGGAUAGGGCAAAGCUGGAUGGGAUGUACGAGUGUAUACUGUGCGCUUGCUGUAGCGCAUCCUGCCCUAGCUACUGGUGGAAUCCUGAGGCUUAUUUGGGACCUGCUGCUUUGCUCCACGCCAAUAGGUGGAUAGUUGACAGCCGUGAUGAAUAUACAAAGGAGCGACUUGAUGCGAUCAACGAUGAGUAUAAGCUAUAUCGCUGCCACACGAUAUUGAACUGUGCUCGUGCCUGCCCAAAAGGCUUGAACCCGGGAAAGCAGAUCCAAAAUAUCAAGAAUCUCCAGCCAGCAGGGCACUAAUGAUUGAGUUCUGAGUUCAUACAAGCUUUUGAUAUGUUAUUGUUGGAUUUUUUUAGAAGCCUUUAUGAUUUCUGCUAAUAAUUUGUGAACUGAUUUGGUCUCUUAUCCCUUUCAUAAAAUGGGAUUGAAGCAUGUUGCUUUUGUUUAUACAUUUUGUCUUCCCCUGGGAGCCUGUAGUUAACUAGUUAUCUUGUUCUCAA